GCUUCAUUUGACUUGACUGUUCCUUCAUCCUUGGCCCUUGCUUUUUGCUUGGUUGGUAGUUGCUUUUGUACAAUAAAUACAUUGCAUUACAAGUGCACUAGAUUUUAUUUCGCGAUGGAUUAUUGUGAAUCCAGUUUAAAAGCAAGAAUUUAAAUAAGUUAUCGGUGCUAUUGUUGUUAUUUUGGUGAUAUGGGUGUAUUUAUAAAAAUCUUUAAAUUACGGUUAUAGUUUUCUUGUUAUCCUAUACGCAGUGAUUCAUGUAAAGAUUAUUUAAAAUGUUAAGUUAAUAUUAAUCUGCUUUAUGUUUGUGAUUGUGUAUUACUUUAAUGAUGAUUGGUUAGGAUUAAUGUGGUAUGGCACUUGUAACAAUUCGUCGUACUCCGAGUGUCCAAACGCCUAGGAAAACGCUAACAGUGCCACUUGCACUUUAUUUUAUUCAAUUAAAAAAGUAUUAUUGUACAAUUAAUUUAGCAUUUUUGAAAAUGUGAUGAACUUGAAAAUACAAUUGAAAAUAUGUAAAUAAUAGGGCAAUGCUUGGAAUAUGUUUUUGCAAGCACAAGCAUAAGAAUGGUUGAGAUAAAGCAGGACCAAAAUAAUUCUUCAACCGCAACAACUACAACAUUUCCAACAAUAUUUAUAAAGGAUGAAGAAGAAAAAUCUAGUGAUAUUGUUGAAGACGAUGGUGGAAGUCGUGCCAGUAAGAGCCUCAAUGAGUGCUACUUCGCGAACAAGGGCGCGGCGUUGGUGCUGGGCAGUACGGAGCACGGGUGUGCUGAACGGCGGCGAUCUCCAGCACGCGUGCAUCCCCAGCCAGACAUUCACCAUCACUUACAGUCCAUGUUUUACUUGGUGCGCCCGGAGGAGACGCUCAAAAUGGCGGUGAAACUGGAGAGCGCUCAUGCCGGUCGCACGCGGUACCUGGUCGUGGUCUGCCGGUACGACGAGGCCGCCCUGCUGGGCAUCGACUGCAAUGAGCGCACCACCGUAGGCCUCGUGCUGCGAGUGCUGGCUGACACGUCUAUUAAAUUAGAUGGAGACGGAGGGUUUAGCGUAUGUGUGUGCAAUCGACAACACAUAUUCAAACCGGUGUCUGUUCAAGCCAUGUGGUCGGCGCUGCAAACCCUGCACCGGGCGAGCGGCAGAGCGCGCGAGCUGAACCACUUCGCCGGCGGCACGUCGCACGCGUGGUGCGCGUACUACGAGCGGCACAUCGACUCGGACCGCUCCUGCCUCAACGAGUGGCAUGCGAUGGACUGCAUCGAGUCUCGGAGACCGCCGUCGCCGGACUCGUUACGACUUAAACCGCGUGAAAGAGACGAAACGGAGCGUGUAAUUAGAUGUACGUUAAAGGAAAUAAUGAUGAGCGUGGAUCUCGACGAAGUCACCAGUAAAGCGAUCCGGGGCCGCCUCGAAGACGAGCUCGAUAUGGACCUAGCUGAGUACAAGUCAUUCAUUGACCAAGAAAUGCUCACAAUACUAGGCCAAAUGGAUGCUCCUACUGAAAUAUUUGAUCACGUUUAUUUGGGUUCCGAAUGGAAUGCGAGCAAUCUAGAAGAAUUACAAAGAAAUGGGGUUCGACACAUAUUAAAUGUGACAAGAGAAAUAGAUAAUUUUUUUCCUGGUAUGUUUGAUUAUCUGAAUAUAAGAGUAUAUGAUGACGAAAAGACUGACCUUUUAAAACACUGGGAUAACACAUAUAAAUAUAUUAAUAAAGCCAGGAAUGAAGGCUCAAAAGUACUUGUACAUUGCAAAAUGGGGAUCAGUCGAUCCGCGUCUGUGGUCAUUGCAUAUGCAAUGAAAGCUUUUAAUUGGAAUUUUGACAAAGCUCUUAAGCAUGUAAAGGCGAAAAGAAGCUGUAUCAAACCGAACACAAAUUUUUUAAAUCAACUCGAGACAUACCAGGGUAUACUCGAUGCAAUGAAAAAUAAAGAAAAGUUGCAAAGGUCUAAGUCAGAAACUAAUCUUAAGUCUCCUAAAAAUACGUCUAAAAUAGAAAAUAAAAUUAUAGAUCCUACACCUUUAGCGUUGGCGCUGACGGGAUCUUAUUCGGGGCGGCCGAGGUCUUGGUCUCCUGACACGAAGCUGGCCUCUGAAUUGCUUCCACCAACCUCUGUAUCACUGGAGAACUUAGCUUCAGAGACGCGCCAUAUGCUGAUGCCGUGCGCUAGUGGCAGUUACAGUGUAUCUCCUAACCAGAUCAUGAGAUUGAAGGAAGAAGGAGCACCUUCAGUAAAGCAUAUUGUAAAUGAAAUUGAAAAUGCCGCGUCAGGCGAUAAAAAAGAUAUUCCAAGGCGACAUCAGCGUUUAAAUUUUAAUAAUCUUGUAGAUAAUUUAUCUAUAAGUAACCCAGGAGAAAUUACAAAUAAAACGCAACCCUCGCCAUUAAGAAAUAUAGGUCACAAAUGUACCCAAUCUGACAAUGAAGUUGACAAAAUACAUACUUGGGAUCCGGGGGAAGUACCGUGGGCUAGUGAGGAACUCAGGAAUACUAGUGAUAGUGACAAUAUAGUGAAGAGUGAUAGUGGUAUAAUAGAUGUGAAACUGAAACCGAGUGACGUUAUUUACGGUUCCGUAGAACGCACGUUAGACUGUGACGAAAGGAGAGUGGAUGAUGAUGCUCCGCCAUCGAGUAGGCAAAGUUCUUGGAGCUCGUUCGAUAGCGCCGUAGUGCCCGACCUGUCGCGUCAUUCGUCGUGGGGGUCGUACGAUACGAGAACCGCCCGGCCGCAGCUCACCUCCCGCGAGGAAAGCAAGCGACCCAAGGAGCGUGCCGAAGACCGCGGCCCCGAGUCGCCCGCCCCGCAGAAGCCGACCUCCGAUCUCAGCAUUAUAAGCGAGCAGUCGGAGCCGCGCGGACGUGCGCCUUCCCGCCCGCCCGUUGACAUUUCGGACAACGAACGCAAAUUUAAUGAAACGUGUGCCAUACUGAAGGAGCUCGCGAACGCCGCGGCGCGCAUGGAGCGGGCGCGGGACCGCGGCGCGUCCACGUGGGGCGGGCGCCUGUCCGCGUCCGCGCCGGCCGACACGUGGCUGCGCGCCGGCCCGCGCCGCCGCCGCCUGGCCGCCUCCUCGCACGGCGACCUGCCGCGCGCCGCGCCCACGCCGCCGCCCUCCGCCGCCGGCCUGGUCAGCAAUCUGAAGAAGGAGUUCGAAGCGCGCUCCGAAAGCGAGCAGCCGAGAAGGUCGGUGUCGCGCAGCCGGCCGCCCGCUUCGCCGCCCAGCGCCCCGAGCGAGGACGUGUCCGUGCGCGUGCUGGUCGACCGCUACGACCAGCCGGGGCGGGCGCGCUCCGAGUCGAGCAGCGAGCCGGCGCGGCCCAAGGCGCCGCCCGAGUCCGUGUCCAAGAAGUGCAAGCUGGCGUCGGAGGGCGAGGCGCGCUCGCGGGCGCCGCUGCGCAACUCGUACUGCGGGGGCGCGGGGGGGGCGGCAGGGGCGCCGGGCGCGGCCGAGCGGCCUCCGGUGGCGCCCACGGUGGUUUCUCUCGCGCCUUUGGACUAUACCGAUCUAGUAGUUUCAACUGUGAUGUCGAAAGCUCAAACUAAAAAACAAUUGCAACACGGGAAAACUCAUCCGUUGACGAGGCUCAACUUGAAUCGGUCAAAUAAUAGGUGUUCGAAUCCUGUGUAUAAUACUAUGUAGAAAUAUUAUUGUUUUAUUUAUUAUGAAUUCUUGCCAAACUCGAUAUUUUAUCUUUCUAGAGUUUUAUAUACUAUUUACAAAAUGAAAUCACAGUGUAUUGUGUCUAUCACAUAAAAUUGUAUUAAACAGCUGUUUGUGCGUAGAGAAAAUGUAAAAAAAGAAUAAAAUUGAUAUAACUGAAGAGCAACUUU